AUGGCUACAAUCACAAUAACUCCCAGAGACAGAGACUGUGCAUUAGUUACUCACAAAUCAAAGUUGGUUAAGAAAUUGGGAUAUUUUGAGCUUCAUAUUGAUCUAUCAAAGAGAGUAAAGAUGAAGGGAGGAGAAGAAGACGACGAAGAAGACGAAGAAGAAGAAGAAGAAGAAGAAGAAGAAGAAGAAGAAGAAGAAGUAGAAGAAGAAGAAGAAGAAGAAAAGAAGAAGAAGAAGAAG